UUUUAUUUUCAUCGGGCUCGCGAUUCGUUAUUUGUGUUGUUGGAAGUGACGUAACGUCCUAGCAACCACGACGAUUACACCUCAGCUUUGUACAUACAGCAGUCAACAUUUAGACAUACAGAUAAGAUGGCAGAUCAGCAGGCUGCACCUGGCAAUGUCCCAGCUGGUUCAAAAACCUCAGAAUUUUACAGAACAGACAACAUUCCAAACAGAUUUGAAAACCCAGAGUGGUUUCAGGGCUACGGAGGUAAACCCCAGCAUCCUAUGUACAGAACCAGUUCUUCAGAUUACGGAGCUAAGGCCCCCUCUGUUCACACCAUGCCCACAACUUUCCAUGCCCGGUCACAAAAAUUCUCAAUGCACCUAGGAACAUGUGGAAUGUACAAGAAUCACUCCCUCAACACUGCCUUGGAUCAGAGCCGAGUAUGAUGAUCGAUUCUGUUUAUUUACACUAUACCUAAUAGUCUCUUCACAUUGAAAAAAUAAAUAUCAACAUUGGCUGAAUUUUAAACACUUGACAGUGAAAAAGGUUUUUCAAAACGUAUUGAUGGAUUUCAUAUAAAUCAGAGUUUUUGUUGCCUUCAUAUUGUUACAUCACACCUAAUGUGCUUUAAAUCAAUUUUUCACAAGGUUUCAGCUAGGUUACUUUAAAAAAAGAUUAAUUAUAUAUGUGAAGUUGUAGUUAUUGGAAACCUUUGUUUUGUGCACUCAACUAUUUGCUACAUUCAGAAUCUAAAGAAAUCAUUUUAUCAAUCCAUGAGAGAAGUUAACCAAUCAUUUAUUUAAAUUUUACAGUACUGUACAUUAAAUGUGCAUUUAGACAAUAUUUUCAAUGAUUCUUGUAAAAAUUUCAAGGAUCUUGGUUUAAAUAUUCAUUUUUUUGAAUUUGUUAAUAAAUAUAUUACCUGAUACAUUAAA